CCGGCUGGCUCUUCUUCCUCAGCCUGCAUCAAUUUCAUUGUGUUUCAGGGAGCACGAUACUGGUGUAACUGGAGUGUAGUUUACAGCACUGGUACUGGACGCGUGUUUAAAUAUACGAGAUACACGCGUUUAGUGUUUGUCGGGGCUCAGGACGCAAAUCCUCAAACCAGCUUAAACUGCGAAACUUCACAGGGUGGAAAAAAAAAUAAAUUGGGGUAAAGUCAUUUUUUAACCCCGCCACUCCCGUGGAAUAUACACGCUGUGGAUUUUGUAUUGUGUGGAUUUAUCCCGGUGAUUGGUGUGCCUUUUUUUGGUUUUAAAAGGAGAAAGAAACUCGCAUCGCAAGAUUUGGGACUCCCAAAUUGUUGGGAAAAUUAAAGGAUUUACAUUAUUUUUUUUUUUAAAAAAAGCAGCAUGCCGUCGGUAAUGGAGCGGUCCGGUUCGGGUAUCCUGUCACGGAGCCGGGGCCAAAAAUGCGGGCAGCGGAAACAGUGUCCGCACUCCGAGGAGAGCAGCGACGAAGAGAACUCAAACGACAGCAUGAUGAUUCGAGUUGGUGCAGACUAUCAAGCUGCUAUCCCAGAGUGCAAAGCAGACACAGAGACUCGCUCCAGCGAGAAGGAAUCUGAAGCCAUGCUGGUCUGGUCUCCCAAUCAAGUCGUGUCGGACGCCAAACUGGACGAGUACAUCGUAAUGGCGAAAGAGAAGCAUGGAUACAACAUGGAGCAGGCUCUGGGGAUGCUGCUCUGGCACAAGCACGACGUAGAGAAGUCUCUCGCUGACCUGGCUAACUUCACCCCGUUCCCCGAGGAGUGGACGCUGGAGGACAAGGUGCUGUUCGAGCAGGCCUACAGCUUCCAUGGGAAGAGCUUCCAUCAGAUACAGCAGAUGCUCCCAGAGAAGGUGAUCCCGAGCCUGGUGAAGUAUUACUACUCCUGGAAGAAAACCCGCACUCGGACCAGCGUGAUGGACAGGCAGGCGCGCAGGCUGCUGAGCAGGAAAGAGAAGGAUGAGAGCAAUGACGAGAUGGAGGAGGGGAACGGAGCCAGCGACAGUGACUUCCACGCUGAUACCAAGAGAGAGUCCAUCUCUCACAGGCAUUCUGGCGGUGGUUCUGGUGCUGGUUCUGGUCGGAUGGGUCCGAUGAAGAAGGAGCAGCUGAGCUCCCAGAACCGACACCACCCCCUGCGAGCUCGCCGGCGCCCCCCCAAGGGCAUGUACCUGAGCCAGGAGGACAUCGCAGCCGUGUCAGCCAGUACGGACACCGCGACCCUGAGACAGCUGGACACACAGCUAGUGUCUCUGAAAAGACAGGUCCAGAACAUCAAACAGAUGAACAGCAGCCUGAAACAGAACCUGGAGAAGGGAAUCGACCAACUCCGCCCUCUGGAGGGGCACCCCAAGUUGAAUUCCCGAUGGUCGACGGAUGAGCAGCUCCUUGCAGUGCAGGCGAUCCGGAAGUACGGGAAGGACGUGUCUGCGAUCGCGGAGGUCAUCGGGAACAAAACCGUCCCGCAGGUUAAAUCAUUCUUCGUGAGCUACCAGCGGCGCUUCAAUCUGGAGCAGGUGCUGCGGGAGUGGCAGGCCGAACAGGAAGUGCAGGGGCAUGCUGGGAGCGCGGCCUCGCUCGACGGGAGCAAGGGCUCGGGGGCGGGGUCGACCGCCAGCAGCGACGAGGAAGAGGAGGAGCAGGAGGAGGAGGAGGAUGAGGUCCAGAUAACGGGGGUCUCAGCUCCCCCCCAGAGCGCCGCUGCCGCCCCCCCUGCCCUGUCCCAGCCCCCCCCUCUCCUCCGACCCCCCCUCCCCUCUGCCCCCCCCCUGCACCGCCAGCCGCCCCCCCUCCAGCAGGGCCGCUUCCUCCAGGCGCGGAGCUCUCUGAACCAGCCCCCUCCCCCACUCAUCAGACCUGCAGUGGCAGCGGGUCGCCAGCAGGGGGCACUCCGCUCCUCGACGGGAUCUUCAAACGGAGGAGCCUCCAACCAGCUCCCCCCGUCACUGGUGGGGCUGCAAGUAGACCCCCCCACCCCCUGCCCACUGAGAGAGGGUCCCGGGUCCCACUAACACCCACACGAGUCCUGCUGUUUGCUCCUGAUCAUUUCAAUAUUAAUAAUAAUACUAGACUUCAUUGAGGGGAGCUCUGAACCCCAGGACUGGGUGCAGCAGCAGCAGCAGCAGGGCUAGUGUGAGUUUGUAACCCUGCUCAAACUCCUGGCUCCUGAUCAUUUCAAUAUUAAUAAUAAUAAUACUAGACUUCAUUGAGGGGAGCUCUGAACCCCAGGACUGGGUGCAGCAGCAGCAGCAGCAGCAGCAGCAGCAGGGCUAGUGUGAGUUUGUAACCCUGCUCAAACUCCUGGCUCCUGAUCAUUGCUGUAUUAAUAAUAAUAAUACUAGACUUCAUUGAAGGGAGCUCUGAACCCCAGGACUGGGUGCAGCAGCAGCAGCAGGGCUAGUGUGAGUUUGUAACCCAGCUCAAACUCCUGGCUCCUGAUCAUUUCAAUAUUAAUAAUAAUAAUACUAGACUUCAUUGAGGGGAGCUCUGAACUCCAGGACUGGGUGCAGCAGCAGGGCUAGUGUGAGUUUCUAACCCUGCUCAAACUCCUGGCUCCUGAUCAUUUCAAUAUUAAUAAUAAUAAUACUAGACUUCAUUGAGGGGAGCUCUGAACUCCAGGACUGGGUGCAGCAGCAGGGCUAGUGUGAGUUUGUAACCCUGCUCAAACUCCUGGCUCCUGAUCAUUUCAAUAUUAAUAAUAAUAAUAAUACUAGACUUCAUUGAUGGGAGCUCUGAACCCCAGGACUGGGUGCAGCAGCAGCAGCAGGGCUAGUGUGAGUUUCUAACCCUGCUCAAACUCCUGGCUCCUGAUCAUUUCAAUAUUAAUAAUAAUAAUAAUACUAGACUUCAUUGAUGGGAGCUCUGAACCCCAGGACUGGGUGCAGCAGCAGAGCUCGUGUGACCCUGAAUUUAAACUCCCCGUUCUUUCUGUCUAUACACUGAAUCUUUCACAGGGAACUAGAUGCACUGAACCAACCAAGGAACACUGUCUCGUAGCAACAAGCUCCAUGGCAACCAAGGAAGGAAAAAAAGGAGCAACUAAUAUAGACUGAAUCUCCAUAGCAACCAAGGAAUACUCAGGGUAUCCCGAGUUUUUUUUUUUUUUUUGUUUUUAAAACUAUUUUCAUUGCAACCUGUUUCCACGGCAACCCCUCCUAGGAUCAAACGCUCAGUACUGGUGCCUCUCCCAGUGCUGGACUGGGAGAAGGUGCAACCCUCCCCACAAGAUUUGUAGCAAGAAAAAAAACACUCAGUCUGGCGUUUUGGAGCACUGCAGCUUAAAAGAAAUUAUUGUAACAAAAAAAAGGUGUAUUUUUGAGGAGAGCUGACUCGAACUCUCAAAAAUAAAAGUUCUACUUUGCAAAGGAAUCGAAAGACGCACCUGUCCUACGUCAGCGAGUGACGCAGAGCAGUUUGAAAACAGCGAGGACUAGCUAGAGCCUAGAGUAGACGAAGCACUAACGACUGAAACGUGUCGCUCUGAAGAAUAUUUAAAUAAAUCAAAAAUAUAUAGGAAUUUCAGAGUGCUGUUUGCGUGAUAUGUUUUUUUUUGUAAUUGUCUCAGAUUUUUUUUUAUAAUAAAACUUGAAUUGUUUUUUUGUUAAUUAAAAUGAAUGAAAAAGUGAA